AUGCCUUCCGCAGAACUGGAUCAUGCUAUUGACCACACACUGCUAAGCCGACUCCAGAGUCUGCUCAAACAAGUAUGCGACGCGUCGCCUGAGGCGCGUGCUCUUGUUGAAGAAGAGCUUCUGGCCGCCGAAUCAACCACUGUCAUCGACCUUACUGACGAUGACGACAUACCUACACAAGCAACCAAUGGUGUCAAGAGAUCUCGCUACGCCAUAUGUGAGCAAUGCAAAGAAGAAUUUGACAUUACCGAAAACGACGACGAAGCUUGUCAACACCACACAGGCGAACUUGAAGUCGAUUGGGACGGUGAUUUCUGGGCCGAUCAUGAUGAGGAGAUCCACGGCACUAUUGACUUGGAUCUUGCAGAUGAGUAUCCGCAAGGUUUCAUGUGGGAAUGUUGUAACGAGCUUGGGGAUAGUGAAGGGUGUGAGACUGGGCCACAUAUUGCUGAUGAGAGUUUUAAGCCAGAGGCCAAGAAGAGAAGGGUGUGGGAAUAG